UAGGACAUUUCAUAGAUAGGAAAUUUCAUAGAUAGGACAUUUCAUUGACAAAGACAUUUCAUAGACAGAGAAGAUUUUCCAUUGACAGAGAAGAUUUUCCAUAGACAGAGGAGAUUUUCCAUAGACAGAGGAGAUUUUCCAUAGACAUAGGAGAUUUUCCAUAGACAGAGGAGAUUUUCCAUAGACAGAGGAGAUUUUCCAUAAACAGAGGAGAUUUUUUUUUACAAAUGAUAUAUUUUCUUUUCAUAUUUUCCCUUCUAUAUGAAAAAUCUUAUAUAAAAUGUCCGUCUAUGAAAUGUCUUUCUAUGAAAUGUCCUAUCAAUAAAAUGUCCUAUGUAUAAAACGUCCUAUGUAUGAAAUGUCCUAUCUAUGAAAUGUUCCAACGCGGGAUUUUUGCUGUAUCCGCCUUACUGUGAUUUUGCCAGGCUACAUUUGUUGCAUAAAACGUGCUGGGUCGACUGGACAGUACGACGAACUGCAUAUACAGUGCGUGCUGUACAGGCACGGACCAUGAAACUUUUAGAGCGGGGUGGCCUAUCUUGUCCUGUGACCGUUGAUCCAUAUCUAGUUUGUAGGAAGUAUUAAACCCUUUUAAGAUAUCGUUUCUACUCCCUUUUAUUUAUAAUGAAUUUAUAUGUAAAGAAGUGAACAGUUCCUUGUUAAUCAUAAUAAAAAGUUUAUUGGUUAAUUUCAAGAUAUCCCCUGGAUCAACCCCUCUCUUGAUAGAUAGAUUGUUUAUAAAACAACUUUAAAUGGCCUCGGGGGGGGGGGGGCAGGGCAGGAUCCUGAGGUUGGUUCUGACCUUGCAACAUACUUUAAUACUCCCAAGGGAGGGGUCGGAUAAUUGGCUGUGCAUAGAGUCAUACCAUUAAGUGAUUUCAGACGAAAAAAAGUAAGUUAAUUAUCUUAAAGUGUCAUGUCGACUGAAUUAGGCCUGAGACUUUGUCUUCCUCGGAGAACAAACAAUCCUAGUAAUCAGGAGUAUACCCGGAGAAUCAGGGCAAACCUGAGUUUCAGUUGAGUUUACUCCGUCCUACUGAAACCAUGGCGUCCUACCUAGUUCUGCUUCUACUCCUAUCCGGAGAUGUAGAACUAAACCCUGGUCCUCCGAAGCGAGGAGAACCUAAACCCGACCCUAAGAAGGUUAUGGAGGACAAGGUGAACGGACAUGACGAGAAGAUCGAGGCCCUGGAGAAACUGGUGGAGGAGCAGGGGAAGAUGUUGCUUGAGAUAACGGAGAAACAGGUAGAGCUGAUCCAGCAGGUGGAGAAGGACAAGGUAGAGUUGAACAAGAAGGGGGAGGAGAUCAAGAAGCAGCACGAUGAAUCUUUAGUAGCGGUUCAAACGGAUAUUCAGAAUAUCAAGAAUCAGCUGAGCGGAAGUUUAUCUCAGCUUGGAGAUCAAUCAUCAGGAACUGAAGAUAAGCUCCGAGGACUUCAGGAGUCCUUAGAGGAGGUUGAGGACAAGUUGUGGGAGAUGGAUAGAUCCUGGGAGAACAACCUGGUUUUCUACGGAGUUAAGGAGGACCAGGAUAAGGUUGAACCCAGCUCAAUGGUUGAAACCAAGAUCAGAGAACUUAUAAGAACAAGAUUAGGAAUUACAAGAGAAGUUCAGAUUAUCAGGGUAAAACGUGCAUAUACAGGAACAAAUGUACGUGGGUGUAAACCAAUUACUGUUUACUUCCAGAAGUAUGAGGACAAGCAAGAAAUCCUAAGGAAAUCCAAGUUACUGACCGGAUCCAAUAUUUACAUAACAGAAGAUUUCUCUAAGAGAGUUAAAGAUAAGAGAUCUGAACUCCAGAAAUUUAUGAAGAAAAUUAAACUCAAACAACCCCAGAGUAAAUUUAGUCUACGGUAUGAUAAACUGCUAGUGGAUAAGGAGAUCUAUGCAUUCAAUGAGAUCUCUGGGUGUGUGGAACUAUUGAAGAAUAGCACUACAGGACAGGAUGAGACUGAGCCUACUCCCAAUUCCCCCACAACACCUCACAGAAGAAGAAAGAAAUCAAGUGGAAGGAGUAAGAAUUUAGAGAGAUCUAUAUCAACAGAAUCCACGUUGCAUCAGCUGAUGAAUGGUUACGAAAGCAGCAGAGAACCCUCACCUACUAAAUCAAUUACGGAGGAGUUGCCUCCUAAUGGAAAAACCGGUUCUAAAUCUAGGCCCGGAUCACCAGACGAUGACAGAUCUGAAGGUUCGGAGAAUCCGGAACUCCCAGUAAAUCCUACUCCAAGUACUCUAUCCAGUGCUAAAUCAAUCCCAGAUAUUCCGGAAACCAUCACAGAGGACGAAUAGAAUAAAAGUGUAUUAAAGGACGAUUAGGUGAACUUGGAACACUGCAGAGGACGAAUUGCUAAUUCAAGUUAAUUAAAGAACGAGUAGCCGGGGUUUUGCAUGCUGCAGACGACUAAUAGACUAUCAGUGCUAAAGAGAACGAGUAAAUAAACUUAGGACGAAUAUACUAUUAGUUUAUCAAAGGACGAGUAGAUAAACUAAGGACAAAUAUUCUAUUAGUUUAUCAAAGUACGAGUAGAUAAACUUAGGACGAAUAUACUAUUAGUUUAUCAAAGUACGAGUAGAUAAACUAAGGACAAAUAUUCUAUUAGUUUAUCAAAGUACGAGUAGAUAAACUUAGGACGAAUAUACUAUUAGUUUAUCAAAGAACGAGUAGAUAAACUAAGGACAAAUAUACUAUUAGUUUAUCAAAGGACGAGUAGAUAAACUAAAGGCGAAUAUACUAUUAGUUUAUCAAAGGACGAGUAGAUAAUAAGUAUCAGUUGCGGAGUUAAAGGACUAUUUUUGUUGGACUAUUUUGUUGCGAAAUUGAAGGUUAAAUGUUGUAUAUGACGAGUGACGACAAGAUGGAAUUUUUUAAUGGAUGCGAAUUAGGACGAUUUCUAGUAGAAAAUAAAUUUUGAUGUUGCAAAGCAAUAAAAUAUAUUGACUUUGUCGUAAAAAAACUGAUUUAUGUCAUAAAUAAAAUACAAUAAUAUAAACCUUAAAGAAAAUGACGGAUAUAGAGUCCUCCCAGUGACAAAGGACGAAAAGCUGGACUUUUCUAAGAGAUAAUAUUUUCUCUAAAAUAUGUUUAAUCGCUGAACGAACUUGUAAUUAGUAUUGGCGUGUUUCUUACCUAAAAAUAUGCAAAAACAAAUGCAGUAUUUUUGCCAGAUUACAAAUUUAGAUUUUAUAUAUGAAGUAAAAUAUAGACAUAUUAAAGAAAAAUAUAGACAUAUUAAAGUAGAACAUAGACAUAUUUUACCGAAGAGUUACAAGGUUAUUCACAAACGAUGAGACUUCAGAGACGACUGUACGGAAUUUAUUCAUGAUUUCCUGCAGCUGUAAACUCGUUUCUGUCUUUGAUAAAUCAUUUAAUAAGCUAUGAAACAACUGUAUUUAAGGUAGAAGAUCUAGUACAACCUUGGGACCGUACAGUUUUUAUCAGUUUUAAAUAGUGAUCCCUUCUUUGGCGGAUACCCUGUAUUUGCAUCUAUCAGACUCAACUAGUAAAUUGUAAAUAUAAAAAACUGUGUAAGAAUGAAUGUAUGUAUCUUUUUGUUUAAGAAUGUAAAGGUAAAAAGUUAGAUAUUAUUAUUUAACUGUAGUAAAUAUUGUUAUCAAGGGGGGGGGUUUUCUAAGCCUUAACAGGGGGCACUACUCCUUAUCCCCCCCCCCUCCAUCACUCUGUAAACAUCUCUGUAAUUAUUUAAUUGUACACUUUACGUGCUUUGUCAAUAGGUGUUAACUUAUUAGUAAUAAAAUUUUAAUUUUA